AUGCUCCACGCCGGGGAACGGUCUCAGCCUCCGAUCACCUCUGCUGUCGUAGAUCCAUCCGCUGUCUCCUUGAGCAAGUCGCAGAUCAUGUCCGACCUCGAGCCCAACGGGGCUUCCUCCCCCUCUGCAAAAAAUAAUAGACAUCCAAAUGAGUCUACACCUGUUCAGCACAUCUGGAUUGUGACAGGCCCCGCUGGUUGUGGAAAGAGUACAGUGGGCCAGGGCUUGCGCAGAGCGCUGGAUGUACCAUUCCUAGAAGGCGACGAUUAUCAUCCAAAAUCCAACAAAGACAAAAUGGGCAACGGCAUCCCCCUGACUGACGAAGAUCGAUGGGACUGGCUGAUUUCCUUGCGGAAAGCCGCAACCGACGCUCUAUCUCCCUCCGCAUCCAACAAUUAUCACCCUCCCGCCGGCGUCGUCGUCGCUUGCUCUGCUCUGAAGCAGAAAUACCGCGAUGUGAUGCGCGUGGCUGCCUACGGUUCUUCUUCAGUCCAGAUCCACUUUGUGUAUCUUAAGCUCAGUGAAGAGGUGCUCAUGCAGCGUGUCAGCCAGCGACAGGCCCAUUACAUGAAGAGUGAUAUGGUACGCUCCCAGCUUCAGGCGCUUGAGGAGCCCAAAGGCGAAUGGGAUGCUAUUACCAUCAAUGUCGAGGGUUCGCAGGAGCAGGUCCAGCAUGAAGUAAUUGAUGCUGUUACUGCGAAGCUGUCCGAGUACCAAUAA